AUUCGCCAUGCGGUGCUGCUGAUGCUGCUACCGUUCGUGCAGGGGCCCGCCUCGGUAGACUCGGAGCUUCCGAGCAGCCGUGCACCUCGGGCCACACGCGCCGCGCCAACCAUUCGUAAUAACCGCUUCCUCGAUAAAAUCACCCCGUUGUCGCGAAUUAAAGUGAAUGAAGCUACUGGUAGAUGAAAUUGAUGAAUAAACAAUUACGGCCCCCCGUCCAACCGCGAGUGUACCAAGGUGUGGUGUGCUAGUAUUAUCGUUAUCAUGGGUGCAAGUAGAGCUGGUGGUGAUGGUGAAGGCAGAUGUGGUGGUGGCAGCUGUGGUGGUGGAUACGGUGGUGGUGCCGAGUAGUGGUGCUCGUGGCCAAGGAGCCGAGGAAGUGAGCAAGGGGGAUCGAGCAAAGUUGAAGGAGGUGAACGAAAGAAAAAAAAAGGAGAAUAAGUUACGGACAGGAAGAGAGCCAUGAGGGGUCAUGGAAAGAAUCCGAGCUGCUGCCCUGAUGGCCUCAAUGUCGUCAUCGUGUUGUAAAAGCAACACGGAACACAGUAGCGCUUCACUAGUCAGCUGGUUGACAUUAGGAUGAAAGGACACUGCCGUAAAUAGCCAUCCUUUCUCGACGGUACGACAACGACGACGAAAAUAGACACGGGAACAGAAGAAGAAAAAGAGAAGAAGGACGCGGGGAGGAAGGGGGCCGGCCGGCGCGUGUGUGCGUUGACCAAUAAUGCCGGAUAAGGACGAGCUCAAGAAGCAGACCUUCCUGCAGAAGCUGCUCUUCUACACGACCGCGUCGUUCAUCCUUCUUGGCACCUUCAGCCUCUUCGCCUUCCUCUUCCUCGUGCCCUUCGUCAUAGAUCCGGCUUUCACCACGAUAUUCAUGGAUUUCGACGAGAGACCCGCCGAGUGCCUCACCAUCGACGUUGAGUCUCGGAGAGGUACGAGCAACUGCUCAUGGACGUCGUGUAGAGAGGGCUGCACGCGCGAAUUGUUCGAGUGCACGCAGAUACGCGUUAACUAUAAGCUGCCGGUUAAUGUAUCGCGGGAAGAAAUCGAGGAGGCGGUAGGAGGGAGAAAAGGUGUCAGUAAGGACGAGGCUGUGGCUGGUGGUAAAAUGCCGAGGCUAGAGCGUUCGCUCAGGGAGUACGACUACAUCGAGGAUCUCGAAGACGAGGACGAUUUCAGUGAGGACGACGAGGAUGGGCUACCAAAGCCCUUUCCUACAGGUCUGAUGGGCAACGACUCCGAGUGGUACUUCACGGGGGCAAAGCUCUUUCCGAACGUCAAAGGCUGCGGCUACCCGCCCAUGCUCAACUGCACGAAAUUCGUGAGGAACUACGGCAGCGUGGGGCAAAACUUCAGCUGUUACUACUCGAAGGUCGAUCCCGGCAUCGUCAUUAGCGACCUCGACAUGCGCCAGGUGUACUUGAACCUCGUGUACGCGCUGGCGAUCCCAAUACCGUCCUUCAUCAUCUCGGUGAUCUACCUGACGAUCGCCUACUUCAAGAUCUACAACGAGGACGAGGUGGGCCUCGUGGGGGCCGAGGAGGGCGGCGGCAUCGGGGACGAGGACGCCCCGGGGGAGCAGGACGCAGCGAUCGGGGGCUCGGUCGGCGACGUGACGACCCUACCCCCCACCUCGGACACGCACACGCCGAUGAGCGAGGCGUUCGGGCACCAGUUGAAGGUCGCCAUGGUGGACGACAACAACAGCAGGGAGAGCUUGGACGUCAUUGCCGACGCUUGUUCCAUUCAGGGAAGCUUGAGCAAAACGAUGACGACGAGUAUCUCAACGCAUCCUGGUCCGACGGCAGCAGUUUGAAGCGCCACUACCAAGGCUUGAAGGACGUCUCGUGGAGGCCCCGCUAAGUACGGGCCUUGGCAACAAAGUUCAACCGCGGCAAGCGAUGUUGUCGCCCCUGGCAGCCGCCAAGAGGGUAUAGGGAAAAGAUAGCGAGCUUGCACGCGGAUGAUCGACAGCACGGCCCAAUGCUCGAUGAUGAACUAGUGCGUCUUCGCGUGUUAUAUUCUAAAGUUAAUGGAAAACAAGGCGAGACCAACGAGACACUGUGUACAGAAUAAAACGAGAUAAUGUAAUUUUUACGUCUGAGUAGUGAUAAAACAACGACAUUUACGGCAAAUAUUAGUGUGUAAUUUCGAUAGCCUGAGCAAAUAAAUAACGACUCUUGAAACAAUUUCGGUAACGCGGGACGACGCUGAGAUUAUUUAUACUUGCUUGUUGAGAAAAAAAAAAAAAAAAAAAAAAACAGUCGUCCUUCAAGGAGAUUAUGUUUGAUACGAUAAAAAGGAAGAGGAGGAACAAAUUAACGCAGUCAGGGUUUGAACAAUACAAAUUUAUCUCCAUAUACGGCUGUACUGAUAAUAUGGGUAUCUGGUACAUGUUAAAAAUGUGUCAGUAUCAACAAAUUUUUACGGAUACAUUGAGAUGAUAGAUUUUUCGUUUGAAAGUUGUAGAGUUUUUUUUUAGUCCUGAAAAAGCAACAAUUUAUUUAGGUGUUGUUAAACAGAAAUAUUUAGUUUUUUAAUUGUCGAACUUGAGUUUUUUUUCCGCUUGGAUGAUUGCACAUUUUAUCAGUGCAGUACGUGCACACAUAAUUCGAACGUGACAAAAAAUUUAAGAAACAAAAAUUAAUCAACACCCACCCCGCAAUGUGUUCAACGCUUUGUGGCCGUCUCUCUUGCAAUUAAUUUCUGCGAAAGAGAAGGUCGGACCGUCUGUACCUAUAUAGGAGAGUAGAUCGGAGUAUUCUUUCCCACGACGCCUCACGGGCCUUUUACGUAAAUGCGUGUACACGACAGCAGAAAAAAAAAUUUUUAAAGUAUGAAAGGAGAUUUCGAUAAAACUGAUGCUGAUAAUCGAUUGAAAUAUAAAUAACUUUAAUACAUGCACAAAAACGUGUAAACAUGAAUAUAUUGUAAAGGGGGUAUAUUGCGAUUCGCUUGGCUGUUUGUUGCCGUAUAAAAUACCUUGCAAACGUUGAUACAACGUUGAGACAAUAUUUCUAGUUCAAUAUAUAUAAAUGUAAUAUAUGGAUGCAAGUAGCGAAAUGAAUAUUAUGAAAAUGUUAACAUGUGUGAUAAAGACUUUGAAUUUGCGGAGUUUGCUACGGUCGAAUGUUCGAAAUUGAAAAUAUUUCCAGUUAAUCUUUAAUUUACAGUGUUGAAAUAUAAAUUUGAAUGGGCUAUUGUAUUUAUUUAAGUGAGAAAUGCCACUAAACGAUGGUCUUCUUUUCUUCAGCAUUGUAUCAACGUCUCAUUUUCCGCGAAAACGCGCAGAUGGUGUGGUUUAAACAAGACGUGGUUGGCGUACGCAAGUCAAGUGCGAUAUUGUUUGAUACAAAGAGAGAUAAAAAAAAAAAAAAAAAAAAAA